CUCACCUUACAGGGUCCCGCGUCCCAUAAAAAAGUUUUUGAAGCAGCACCACCAAUUCUUUUCUCUUUUCUUUCUUUCGGGAAGAAGCGUUCUAUCAAUCUUAGCAGUCGAUACUAAAGGCCAGAGCUUGCUUAUCGACUCAACUCGCCUUCGACCUCACAUUUCCAUUCUUCUCGUCAUAUACUCUUUUAUAUGCCAGCCAUGUCUGCCUCAGUCCUUGACUACACCACAGCCCUCGAGGUGCUGAAGGAGUACAAGCAGAAGGAUGGCCUCGACAUCCACGAGCUUAUGGACACAACCAAGCACGGUGGUCUUACCUACAAUGACUUCCUGCUUCUACCCGGCUACAUUGGCUUCGCUGCCUCUGAGGUCACUCUCGAUGCGCCCAUCACCAAGCGCAUCACCCUCAAGACUCCCUUCGUCUCGUCUCCCAUGGACACUGUCACAGAGCACGAGAUGGCUAUCCACAUGGCUCUCCAGGGUGGUCUUGGUGUUAUUCACCACAACUGCUCUCCUGAGGCUCAGGCCGAUAUGGUCCGCAAGGUCAAGCGAUACGAGAACGGUUUCAUCCUCGACCCUAUCGUCAUUGAUCGCAACACCACUGUUGGUGAGGCCAAAGCUUUGAAGGAGAAGUGGGGUUUCGGUGGUUUCCCAGUCACUGCCGACGGCAAGCUUGGUUCCAAGCUGCUUGGUAUUGUUACCAACCGAGACCUCCAGUUCGAGGAGGACCUUGACCAGCCCGUCUCCAAUGUCAUGGUUACUGACCUUGUCACUGCUCCCGAGCACGUCACUCUCCUCGAAGCCAACAAGAGUCUUUCCAAGUCCAAGAAGGGCAAGCUGCCCAUCGUCGACAAGGACUUCAACCUGGUCUCUAUGAUCUCUCGCUCCGAUUUGACCAAGAACCAGCACUUCCCCAAUGCCUCCAAGCUUCCCGACAGCAAGCAGCUCCUCUGCGCUGCUGCCAUUGGCACUCGCCCCGAGGACAAGCUUCGCCUCAAGAAGCUGGUUGACGCUGGCCUUGACAUCGUUAUCCUUGACAGCUCUCAGGGUAACAGCAUGUAUCAGAUUGAGAUGAUCAAGUGGGUGAAGAGUGAGUUCCCUGGUGUCGACGUCAUUGGCGGAAACGUCGUGACUCGAGAGCAGGCUGCUUCUCUGAUCGCUGCUGGUGUCGACGGUCUCCGAAUCGGUAUGGGCAGUGGUUCUGCCUGUAUCACUCAGGAGGUUAUGGCUGUCGGCCGUCCUCAGGCUGCCGCUGUCUACAGCGUCAGCCGGUUCGCUGCCCGCUUCGGUGUUCCUUGUAUCGCCGAUGGUGGUAUCCAGAACGUUGGCCACAUCGUCAAGGGCCUUGCUCUGGGUGCUUCUACCAUCAUGAUGGGUGGUCUCUUGGCUGGUACCACUGAGUCUCCCGGCACCUCUUUCGUCUCCCGCGAGGGUAAGCUCGUCAAGGCUUACCGAGGCAUGGGAAGUAUCGAUGCUAUGCAGGACAAGAAGGCCGGCAACGGUGGUAAGGACAGCCAGAAGAGCAAUGCUGGUACUGCCCGUUACUUUUCUGAGGGUGAUAGCGUCCUGGUUGCUCAGGGUGUUUCUGGCGCUGUUGCUCACCGAGGUUCGAUCAACAAGUUUGUUCCCUAUCUCGCUGCUGGUCUCAAGCACUCUCUCCAGGACAGUGGUAUGACCAGCCUUAAGACUAUGCACGAGAGUGCCGAGGCUGGUGAGCUGCGCUUCGAGCUUCGAACAGCCAGCGCCCAGUUGGAGGGCAACGUCAACAUGGAGUCUUAUGAGAAGAAGCUUUAUGCGUAAUGAUAUAUGUUUGGAAAAAAUGAUGGGAUGAUGGAAAGGGAUACGGAAAAAUGGACUGGUUUGUUUAUAUGCAUUCAAUUGCAUUGGGGAUUUGGGCACAAGAUUCAGAAGGGUUUGAUUUGGGUUGAGGGUAAAGGGCCUCUAUAACCGUAGAUCUGAAUAGGCGUUUGUCCAACCACUAUAGAGGUGCGGCGUGGGCGUUUUGCUGUCAGUCUGAAAAAAACGACAGGGACAGAGAUCAUGAAUGAAAUUUUUAUUGAUACCCCCAG